UAAAAAUACUUGAAUGAAAAGGGUAGAACGCGGAAGAAUAAUACUCACAAAAUUGGAAGCUAAAUCAACAGAUUCUUGUUACGAUAUUAUUCACAGUAAGAGAUGAACAUGUUGAGCUUAAAGAGUAUCGGUAUUUUAUUUCCACUUAUACUUUGGAUAAUGUUCUGUAAAGCUAAACUAAAUGCACCUUCAGACAGAUUGGUUUUUGCUCCUGGUGAAGAUGGGAGAAUUGUGUGGACAUAUUGUGGAGACACAAAUGAAAUUACUCAUCAAACAUUGAGUUUUACUGGUGCUUCUUCAAAUCUGGUUAAAGUAACAGGAGGAAAAGUUUUAAAGCGUGUUUCAAAUGGUCUAGACUUUCAAUUUAUACUACCUUUAACUUUGAUUCUGAAAAAUAUAAAUCAAACAUAUAAUGGAACAUAUAUCAUGGAAGUUAGAGUUGGGAAUCCUUAUAAAACUUUUACUCGUUCACCUGUGCAUGUAUUCAUUGCAGUUGCACCGAAAAUAUCAUUCAAUUGUUCCAACACAACAAUUCUCAAUGUAAGUGCUUAUUUUUCAUGUGAAUGUAAAGGAGUUGAUGGUAAUCCUCCUGCUGUGGUCACAUGGUAUAAAGGUAGUCGAAGGAUUAUCUCAGGAGAAGAAAUGGCAACAUUAACUAUUGCUCGGGUUGAUCGUGAUGACAAUGGCCUUUAUAGAUGUGAAGCAAAGGGUGACGAGAAAACUAAAGCUGAGAAAACAGUUCAAAUAAUUGUUAACUAUAUGAAAAUCUCAACCACAAGCAUUGUUGAUGGUAAAACGGACUGGCUAGUUACUGCCAUCUCUGUUUUAUCUGGAAUUAUUUUUGGGAUUUUGUUUUGUUGUUUGAUAUUUUUAUGUUAUGGUCGACGAUGGUUAGUUAAGAAAAGUCAAAUGUCUCAGUCACAUGAUGGAAAGACAAAUACAGCGAAUACAACUUGUCAAGAGAUAGAUUUAUCAAAUAUGGAUGACGGAGGCAAGGAGGACAUAAUUGACCCAACUUAUCAAGGACUUGAUGUAUCAAAAAUGAAUAAAAAAGAUAACAAUUAUCAACCAUUGCUAAAUAAGAAUAACACAGUUGACCAAAGUUAUGAAGGAGACGAUUAUGUAAUUCCCAACACCAGUCCUUAAAUGAUAAUCAAUAAAUCUACAGUACACAAAAGUGUUAGUUUGAGAUGAAUGUAGUACGGUAUGUGACAAUAAACAGGAAAAAUAAUCAACUGAUAAAAA